AACAGAGCAAGACACCAUCUCAAAAAAAGAAAAAAAAAAAAAAGAAAAUACAUAGUAAAAUUUAUUGGCUUUUUAAAUGGAUAAUUUCAUAUAAUCAGUCAGUGCCUGCUUAGAUCCAUUUGUUGGAGAACAAUGCUAAUGAGACCUCUUAAUUCUUUGUGUGUCUCUUAUGUUUUCCUAACCUUGACAUUAGCAACUAACAAUGAUAACUAUCAUUAUUGAGCACUUAUGUGCCAGGGACUAUUAUAAUAAAUUUUCAAUUAUUAUCUCAUUAAAUCUUCACAGCAGCCCUAUGAGCUAGAUGCUGUUACUACCUAUAUCUUAGCAGAUGAGGAAAUUGAAACAGAGCAGUUAUUUGCCAAGAGUUUCAGGGCUAGUAACAGAAGCCUUAAUACAUGUCCUUGGACUUUUCAAAAGUAAUUGGUUGAUCCAUGCAGUUUCAUUGCUACUGCUGAAAGUAAGUCUCUUGGCCAUUGGGAUGGGUCAGAAAAUCUUUGUACAUGAAGGAUAUGACUAUUGUUCCAUUGUACCCAGAGAGUGAAUCUUGUGAUUGAGUUGGGAUUUGAGGUGGCAAUGUACACUAAGUUUGAAAAGUAUGUUAUCAUAUGUUAGCUCCCUUUAAAAAUUUUCCCCAAGAAGAGCUAUUACAUUUUUUAAUAUUAAAAAAGUAUAUGAUAUGGCCGUAAUACAAUUAGUUCUACAAGCCAUACACACUUUUUUCUUACGACUUAAAAUUUAUUCAUGUUUACUACUUUGCAACCCACUGAUAUAAAUUAUUUCACUGAUCCUUUAUUCAAAUGAAAUAGUGAGUCUAAGAAGAUAGUCUUAAACACAAGCUACCUAAGUUUACAAUAGAGAUUAUACUAUAAAUGGAAACUUCAGUGUUUAUUGAAAAUAAAUUCCUUAAAAACAGGUCUUGUUUCAUUCAUUUUAAAGAGAUAAUCAAUAUAUGACUGUUAAAUUUUUGUAGUCUCCCUGUUCAUUUUCUGAUGAACACAUGACAGAAAAUUGAAUGUGAGCUGGAAAUAUAACAGACUAUGAGAAAGCAUGGGUCAUGUAUAAUUCACUUUAAAUUUAGGCUGGUGUUUUGUAUUCAUCUAUGAUAUGACCACCUCAGGCAGGGAUGUAAGUAAACAUUCUUUUUUUAAUUAUACUUUAGGUGGCUUAAUUAUUUUAAAGAAUAUGUUAUUUAAUAAUUGUAUAUUGUACCGUUUCAAAGAAUAAGAAUAUAAUUCAUUGCCAACUUUGAAUGUCUUGGAUUCUUAGUACUACCUUUUUCUUUAGCGUGACUGGUAGGAUCACAUCAAAUUUGGUACUGUGUGUAUAAAGAUGAAGUGUGCUUACCUUUAUUACCAAAAUUCAGAAAUGAAAAUGUGAAUGAUAAAAGAUAAGGUAUGGUUAUAUAUUUUUUUGUUUUUGUUUUCCAAACACAAUCUCGUAACUUACCAGGCUUUAGAAAAACGUCUUUGCAGUAUACCAUCAUGCCUCAGAAUGUUAAGUAGAUAGUAAAUAAAAUUUUCAUUUUUUGUAAAGCAGUAGGGUAUUAUCCUUUCUGAGAGCCUGUACGGCCCUUUUGGAUGCCAAAGGGCCAAUCUUAGAAGUGGCAGCUUUUGUUUUGUGGUCAACCCACAGCUUACCCUGUUAGUCUGUAUCUGCCAUCUUCAUUUUCUCUUUCUGCAUAAAUGCUUCUUGAUACAGUAAGCAGGUGUUUCAGCUAGUCAGCCCUCUAGUGUGAUCUUUUUUGGUUUGCUACAGUCAGUAAAAUAAGUAGCUCUGUAAGUGUAAAUAGUAUUACUUGUUUUAUGUGGUAAAACUCCAAGAUUAAGUUAGAGAUAUUUUUGGCUAGAAUACAUUGAAAAUGGAUUUCCCAGCUCCCAGAAAUUUGUUUGUGUCUGAAUUACUUUAUACUUGGCUUCUUGCAUAGAGAAAAGUUUAGAAAACAUCCAUCCAUGAAUGUUGAAUGAAUGAGCAGAUGAAUAAAUAAAUAGCUCAGGGAAAGAAAAUAUGUCAUAACUACGUUUUUUCUCUUUUUGUUCCCUUCGUUAUGUGGCAUUUUUCAAUAAUGGGAGUGUGUCUCUAAUGAUGUCGAUAUACUUUUUAAAGUCAUUGAUGAACAGUAGUGUGAAAAUCAAGUUUUGAUUAAGCCACAGAUUUCUUUUAGGGUCCAAUAUUUUCUUUUUAGAAAUCCAUUAUGAUAUUUUUGUAGGGAUAAAAGACAACCAUGUAUUCUAUAGAUGGAAAAUGGUAGGAUACAGUUUGUUAGGCCAGCUUCUCUGAAAAUACCUUUUCCUACAUAGAUGAUAAUCAGUGUUGACAAGGGAGAAGCCAGGGUAUAAUGGCUGUUAUUCAUUUGUCUCAUGUAUUCGUCAAAUGUCAUGUGCUAAAUAUGAACAAAAAAGACAUGAUCUCUUUCUUCCUCCUGGAUCUUAAAAUCUAAAGUGAGAGAUAAUUCACCAGGUAAGUGCUGUGAUAAGGGAAAUAGAGGAUUCUUUGAGCUUAUGACUAAGGAUAGAUCUGUUUCCUGAGACGUGAAACUAAGAAGUGGCGAGAGUUGAGAAGUUCAUUUUGGGCCAUGUGAUUUGGGGUGUGGCUAUUCAAGUAUAGGAGGUAGGUGGUUACACAUUUUUUAAGCUAUUAAAUAGACUUUCAUUUGAAAAGGUUUUUUUCUCUCUUUCCUCAGCAUCUAUCUUCCUACACAAAAAACAUCUCAUGUCACAAUUCAUGAACUCAGUGAGUGACUCUAUUUUGAAAAAUGUUAGAUUAUAUCAACAGAAGUCUGUUAGAGGCAAAUGCUUUUGGUCAUUUUUUUCAGCAGGGACAUUUCAUAUAUGUAAAAUAUUUAGAAUCCCCAUGUAUUUGUAUAUAAAUGAAUGUUUUACCAUCUUAAAUGUUUAAUAAGUUAUAUUUUUCCUUUCUUUCAACUUAAGUAUAUAAGGUUACCAGCAAACAUUUGUAAAUGCUCUAUGUGAGGGGUUUUGUUUAUUAGUUUUAAGCGAGAGAAAAAAGGUUAGAUUGGGUCAGGAAGUCAGUUAUUGUUUUCUCCGUUAGACUGAGUCCAAAUCCUCAACUAUGCAGGGAUUUAAAAGUAGCAAACUAGGAAUUGAAUCCUCUUCAGUUUUGGAUAACUUGAAUAAGACAAGUUAUCCAAAACUAGUAAGACAGGUUAUCCGUAACUAGUAAGACAAGUUGUUCAAAACUGAUAAAUCUGAAUUAGUUAACAGAUGAGGCAAAUUGAGAUUGUAAAUGCUAAAGCAUUCUUAAAAACUUUAAAAACUAAAUAGUUCUAUGCCGUGUAAGUCUUUUUAGUAUUUUGCUUGUACUAUAAUUGUAGUGAAAAUAGGUCAGUAUCUAAUUUUUAUAGUCACUAGAGCCCUCCAACUAAAUUUAGCUUAGAUAUUUUUCUAGCAACUAUAUACUUACAAAGUUUACUUUUAAAAACUUGUGUAAUACAUGCCUUUAUAGAAAUUUAAGAAGACUGUUUACGGAUUAUGUACUUCAGAUCACAGCACAACUAGAAGAUGUUGAUACAUUAAAUAAAAAAUCAGGAAACCUAUGAAGAACAUCAGAAGUGACAAGCUUAUAGUUGGCUGCUUCACCAGGACUCUACAAAUUAUUCAGAACCCAAGGAGACCUAGAGGAUCAAGACAUAAUGGGAGCAUUUUUAGACAAGCCAAAGAUGGAAAAGCAUAAUGCCCAGGGGCAGGGUAAUGGGUUGCGAUAUGGGCUAAGCAGCAUGCAAGGUUGGCGUGUUGAAAUGGAGGAUGCGCAUACGGCUGUGAUCGGUUUGCCAAGUGGACUUGAAUCGUGGUCAUUCUUUGCUGUGUAUGAUGGGCAUGCUGGUUCUCAGGUUGCCAAAUACUGCUGUGAGCAUUUGUUAGAUCACAUCACCAAUAACCAGGAUUUUAAAGGGUCUGCAGGAGCACCAUCUGUGGAAAAUGUAAAGAAUGGAAUCAGAACAGGUUUUCUGGAGAUUGAUGAACACAUGAGAGUUAUGUCAGAGAAGAAACAUGGUGCAGAUAGAAGUGGGUCAACAGCUGUAGGUGUCUUAAUUUCUCCCCAACAUACUUAUUUCAUUAACUGUGGAGACUCAAGAGGUUUACUUUGUAGGAACAGGAAAGUUCAUUUCUUCACACAAGAUCACAAACCAAGUAAUCCGCUGGAAAAAGAACGAAUUCAGAAUGCAGGUGGCUCUGUAAUGAUUCAGCGUGUGAAUGGCUCUCUGGCUGUAUCAAGGGCCCUUGGGGAUUUUGAUUACAAAUGUGUCCAUGGAAAAGGUCCUACUGAGCAGCUUGUCUCACCAGAGCCUGAAGUCCAUGAUAUUGAAAGAUCUGAAGAAGAUGAUCAGUUCAUUAUCCUUGCAUGUGAUGGUAUCUGGGAUGUUAUGGGAAAUGAAGAGCUCUGUGAUUUUGUAAGAUCCAGACUUGAAGUCACUGAUGACCUUGAGAAAGUUUGCAAUGAAGUAGUCGACACCUGUUUGUAUAAGGGAAGUCGAGACAACAUGAGUGUGAUUUUGAUCUGUUUUCCAAAUGCACCCAAAGUAUCGCCAGAAGCAGUGAAGAAGGAGGCAGAGUUGGACAAGUACCUGGAAUGCAGAGUAGAAGAAAUCAUAAAGAAGCAGGGGGAAGGCGUCCCCGACUUAGUCCAUGUGAUGCGCACAUUAGCGAGUGAGAACAUCCCCAGCCUCCCACCAGGGGGUGAAUUGGCAAGCAAGAGGAAUGUUAUUGAAGCCGUUUACAAUAGACUGAAUCCUUACAAAAAUGAUGACACUGACUCUACAUCAACAGAUGAUAUGUGGUAAAACUGCUCAUCUAGUCAUGGAGUUUACCUUCACCUCCAAAGGAGAGUACAGCUCAACUUUGUUGAACCUUUUAACAUCCAUCCUCAACUUUAAGGAAGGGGAUAUGACAUGGGUGAGAAUGAUUACAUCAGAGAACUUCAGCAGUACAACAGCUAGCCCAGAACUGAUUUUUUUUUUUUUUGUAAAUUUGAGACUUAUGUAAACGUGAUUUCAAACCAUAAUUCAUGUUGUAAAUCAGACUCCAGCAAUUUUUGUUGUAUGAUUUUGUUUUUUUGUAAAGUGUAAUUGUCCUUGUACAAAAUGCUCAUAUUUAAUUAUGAACUGCUUUAAAUCACUAUCAAAGUUACAAGAAAUGUUUGGCUUAUUGUGUGAUGCAACAGAUAUAUAGCCGUUUCAAGUCAUGUUGUGUUUGGACUUGGGGUUGGAACAGGGAGAGCAGCAGCCAUGUCAGCUAGACGUUCAAAUGUACAGAUGAUUAUGGAAAAUAAUCUCAAAAUCUUAAACAAAGCUGAACAUCCAAGGAGUUAUUGAAAACUAUCUUAAAUGUUCUUGGUAGGGGAGUUGGCAUUGUUGAUAAAGCCAGUCCCUUCAUUUAACUGUCUUUCAGGAUGUUCCUUCGUUGUUUCCAUGAGUAUUGCAGGUAAUAAUACAGUGUAUUCAUAAGAAUCUCAAUCUUGGGGCUAAAUGCCUUGUUUCUUUGCACCUCUUUUACAAGUCCUUACAUUUAAUUACUAAUUGAUAAGCAGCAGCUUCCUACAUAUAGUAGGAAACUGCCACAUUUUUACUAUCAUGAUUGGCUGGGCCUGCUGCUGUUCCUAGUAAGAUAUUCUGAAUUCCAUUUUAUCAAUAAAGCUUGAUUUAACAAACAAGAAAUUUAAUCAUGUAUGUGUAAUUCCUCUUUUACCCCGGCCUUUUAAAACACUGUGCCAUUGUAAUGAGACGUUUCUCAUAGGGAAAGAUGUUAGUCUCUUUUAAUUGGACAACACUGUUACUCAAGGCAUAGAUGAAAGUGUUUCCUUCCAUUAGAAAGACUAAAAGAUUUAAUUCUUGGUUGUACCUUAAUCUAUUUUUUAUAUAGUUUCUUUCAGGCUGCUUAUUUUUCAUUAAGAUGUGUAUCAGCUUGGAUUUGCCUCAGUUUAAUUAAAAUAAUUGUCAAAGUUUGACAAUCUAACACUCUAUGGUAGGGGUGUGUGUGUGUGUGUGUUUGUGUGUGUUUGCCCGUGAUUUUUAAUUGACCCAUGUCUUUAGAAUCCAAGUGGUUAAGAUGUAUUUGUGAUUUGAAAUAUAGCAUGUUGAUAAUAUUUAGCCGUUGGCCUUUACAAAUAACUUUCAAAGCUUAAGGAAUUGUAGAUGUAAAAAUAACCUAAUUUAAUUUAGGCUUAAAUUCCUCUGAUUAAGCAUGUGAAAGUAAGUUUUAAAAUCUGUCACAUUGAAAAGAUUACUGUUCCGUGCCCUUCUGUAUUUUUGUCUCUUUAGGUUGAAUAUUGUAUUUAUCACCAUGUAAUCAUUCAGUAGGCAGAUUCCCACUAGAAAACUAUUAAAAUGUAAGACUAAAAUACAACAUUGAAUACAAAAUCAAAACUUUGUGUAUAAAAACCAGUAUAGUCCAUUUUGUUAUAUUUGUUUUUUCCCUAACUUGGAAAUAUACAUAUUUGUAUAUAUAGCCUUAAAAUUAAUGUAAAGUUAGGGGAGUAGUGGGGAAAGUAAUGUGAAAUGUCUCAGAUUUAAGUAGUUAAAUACCAGCAAAAUUUUUUCAUUAUCCCUCUUAUUUUGUGAGGUGAUUAAAUGUAACUUAAUUGUAUUUAAUUUAUAUCUUAUUCCAGCAUGAAUGAAGAAAAACUGAAGUACUAUUUAUAUUUAGGAAUUCGUAUCAGUUGAAAUUACAGAACCAAUUCCAUACUUACAAUAAAUACUUAAUGUCUAAAUCUGUGGUAGAGUGCGAAGUAUGAUAAUGUUCUAAGUUAUGGCUUUGCAAGUAUCUAAAUGUGCAUUUAAUGAAUACCAGUGCUUGUAUUAUAGACUUAAUUACCAGACAUACUGGUACUGAAAGCUAAAUCCCUAUUAUAACAAGCCAGUUCCUUAAUAUUUUAAGUAGACAGUUUUAGUUCCAGAAAUUGCAAAACUUUGAACUGGACUGUAUAAUCUUUUGAGAUGCACAACUUAAAUCACAAGUAAGAGUAUGUGAUGGAAAGCUAUAUUUCAAACCAUAACAGCAUAUUUACGGCCUUUUUUUGUUUUGAGUCUUUAAACAAGAGAAAAUUAAAAUAUUCCUGUCAAAAUUAUUAGUAUUGAAAUUAGGCUUGGAAACAAGAGAGAACUGUAUUUGAGUGAUCUCAGAAGACUAAAUCUUUUCCACAUGAAUCAGCACUGCCAUACUAAUAAUUUUUUUACUAUAAAAAUACAGGAAGGAAGUAUACAUUAUAACAGCGACUGUUCCUGAUUCCUGGAGGUAAUAGUGGGGGAAACCAACAGUACGUUUUAAAGGCACUUUUGCACCUCUACUGUGCACUUCAUUCUUGUACCACUUAAAUUCUUCACCCUCAUCCCCUUUUUUUGUGCUAAUUAGCAUCUCAGGGCAAUGCCUCAAAAAUGUUUGAUGUGUUCUGUUCUCUGGAGGGAAAAAGUUCUUGUGUGAUGAUAAUAUAGUACUCAAAAUAUACUUUUAUCACUUAAAUGUCUUAUUUGCUGCUAUGAAUAGGAAAUAACAUUUUGUAUAGCAGGCUUUGUUUUACCCUAAUAUUAAAAAAUUUCACUGACCUUUCAUUGUUUUAACAGGGUAGAAUCUCCUAAUUUCCACUUUCUUGGGAAUAUACUUUUAUAGACAAUAGAAGCAGUUAUCAAUAUGAGCGCUUACUUUAAAAAAAUCAAAGUGAUACUUAAUUCAGCUUUGGAAGUAUCUCAAACACUUACUUUAUAGUGCAUUAACUUGCUUCUAGAGUACUUAAUGCAACUGCUCUAGCCACUUAGUUUUUUAUACUAAUCUCAACAUUAAGAAAUUUGGAUUAAGUAAUAAAUUAGUUAUGUAAUUCAAGUAAUCUGAAUUACAGCAGUACUUUUAGUGAUCAUUCAUAUGACCAUAUAUUAACCCAGCUAAUAACUCAGUUUUUUUUACAAAAUGUUUCGAGUAUUAUCGGUAAAACACUGUUCUAGGCUAAGCACCUUGGGACUGUAAAGAAAUGAGUAGAUCCUUGGCUUCAGGUUUACAUUUGGACAAUUUAUAAUCUAGUGUAUGUUAGUAUUAUAACUGGAUCACUCAUCAAAAAAAAAAAAAAGCUAUUACCCACCCGUUACCUACCAGGUACUUAGCUAAUCAAGGCAGGCCCCUGCCCUAAAGAGCUUAUUUAUAAACUUCCUUUACUCACCUGAAAACUCUUCUCCAGUUUAUUUUCUUCUCUCCAAAGUUAAAAAUCAUUCAGAAGAAAAUUUUGCUUAGUAUAAGAAUAAAAUUGGAUUGAAGAGGCUUAAGCCCAUUCAGUAUGCUUGAUUGCAUUUAUCGAAUGGCCUUUAUUCUUCCUGCUGACAGCAGUAACUCAGAGGAAUAGGUAAUAGAUUUCUGAAAAUUCUCCAGCCAUGGAAAUGUAGGUGGGGUUUGAGUUUAAGGCAUUUAAAAAUGUAAAUAUCUCUAGCUAAAUUUAUCUUAGGUAGAACUCUGUGUUUUUGUAACACACUGCCAGUGUUAAUGUCAAAUUUUAACCAAAUUAUUACUAUGUUUUAAUAUUUUAAAAUAAUUUCACUGCCCAUCUUUACUGGACAAACUCAUUUGGAGUUCAACUUGUGAUUUCUGAAAGAACUGAUGAAAUUGGGUACUGCUUUUUUUCUCCAUUUUUUGUUUUAAUUUUGAAUUUCAUGGUAUAUACUUUUAGUUCAAACUUGGCUGUUUGUACAGUAUUAGGAUUUCGUAUUAGAAAAUAUGUGUAAAUAUCUUAGUAUAUAAUUGUUUCUCAUUUGAGGUUUUUCUUCUAAGGGACCUUAAAGAGUUUUAUAUACUUUUGCUCACAGAUACUGCUAGUGAGAUUACCAUUUUUUCAGUAUCUAGUCUUCUAGUUUUUCUUUUAGGCAUUAGGAAGUCUUCUUAAGAGUUCAAAAUUUUAGAAGCCUAAUUUGGUGUUACUUCCUUCAAUUAUGUGCCAUGUGUUUUGGUUUAUAUAUGUUUUAAAUUGUAUAUUACCUUGGAAUAUGCUUGAAAUAUUUAAGAAUACAUUUUCAAAAUGUAUAAUACUGUAUUGUUUUGUUGAUCAAAAUAAUAAGUCUCAGUUAAAUGUUAGUUAUUACUGAUAGUCAAAACGCUCAAUAGAAAUGAUGAGAGGCAUUGGUUCCAGUUCAUUGUCAAAUGAACAUUUUGUAAUUUUGUUCACAGGUUCUUUCCCUUUCAGUUGUUCUGUAUAUUAAGAUAGUGGCUUCUGCUCUCACUGUUUUCCUAUUUAUAUUACUAGCAGAUAGGAGUGCUAAUUAGAAAAACUUAUAAUGGUAUUGAAAUUGCAGUCGACAACUUAUAUUUUUAUGAGAUGGAGAAAAAGGAUUGUUUAAGUUGAUAAUGUUGACUUUUUUUCUUCCUUAUCCUGCACGAAAUAUUGCCCUCGUUUCCUCUACUUUCCUCUUGGUGUUUUCUCUUUUUUUCAAACAGAAACAGGACAAUUCCAUUUUCUUGAGCAAGAAAGCUUAGUGUGUUACUUCAUCAAGGCCAGCUAAUACUGUGUUAAACCAGGCUGAAAAUGAGAAAACUUGGGAGAUGGAGGAAUGGGGAAAUGGCAGUGGGAUAGCUAGGGAAGGAUUACUCUUAAUUGUUUUAAAAGCCAUAGGAAAGUCUUCCUUGUACCUGGCUGUAAAUUUAUAAGAACGAUUGUGUCACAUAAACCAACAAGAAUCAACCUUUGCUGCUUCAGAAAAUUUGAUUUUUCCAGCAAGGAAAUUAAUAAGAGUUACUGAUUCUUCGUCAUAGAAACAACUGAGAAGAAUUAAUACAAUGUUUCUUCACUAGAAAACCCAACCCUUCAUUUCUUUUCAUUGCUCCAAAACCCAGUUUUCAACUAAUGGUUUUCUCAUUAAACUAAAUGUUUAGAAAAAUUGUUUAGAGUUUUUCUUUUAUAUAGUCCUCCUGAUCCAGUAUAAGACUAUUUAGUAACGUGCAUUUGUAUGGUACUAUCUAAAGUAAGUUAGAUUGAUGUAAGAGAUUGGGUAGCUGCGGAACAAAAUUAGUUAUAUCCUAAUUAGGUACAGUGAAUGACACAAAAUCAUUUUAGCAAUGCUUCUUUUGGGGUCACCAGGCCUUGUGAGACUGAUGAAUCCUAGGGACUCCUUUACCCAGGAAAAUGCAUAUAUAACAUACAUAUCUCACUAAAGUUUACAAUAUUGUAGUGGUUCAUGGACCCCAUGGUUAAGAGCCCAUUCUAAAGUACAGUAGGGCAUCAUCCCUUUUCCUGCAAAGCCCAAAAAUAUAUUUCAAGGGCAUGAAAAUAACUUGAGUGUAUUUUAAGGAAUUGUUUCACUCUAGAGGUAGAUGGAGGGCCUGGCUAGAAUCUGACAUUAAAAUACACUUUUUUAAAAAUACUAUAUUUGGGGGGAGAGUGAUUAAAAGGUGAAAAAAACAUAGUAUUCAGAAGUUUUGGAGAUUAAUGUCUUUCUGUAAGAUUUGCCACUUUAGAAAUUCAAUAGGAAAGAGAGAAAACAGAAAUUGAAUGUAUCUGGAACAUUUUUGGCCUUCAUAGUGCAGAUAUACUAUGUUAACAAGUAAUACAUUUACCUGUCAGAUCUCCAGGUUUUAAGGUUUUGAGCUUUCUAGUAUUAGAAUUCAUUAAAUGUUUAAUUCAUUUCAUAUUCUAAGGAAUUAGGUUAUUUACGUACUAAUUCAGGAUGUUAAAAUAACAUCCAACACAGACAACCACCACCAAUGCACAGAGUUAAUGAGAUUCCUAAAAUAUAGUUAAGUACAAUGUAACAAACAGAAUUUUGCAUUUGUUGCCAAAAUCAGAUGUUUAAUUACAGCUUAUUGCCAUUUGUGGGACUUCUGGAACACAGAAACCAUUGUCUUACCUGGUUAUCCCUUGACUAAAUAGCAUAUCUGCAGGAAAGUACCUUGUUUGUAGUGAUAUGCCCCAAUACUGAUUGAUUUCACUCUUGAAAUGAGUUAUAUCACUUAAUUUGUAUAAACGUUAUGAGUGGAGAGACAUGUACAUGUUAAAAGCAUGUUGCAUUAUAUAGAGAUUCAUUUUUUAAACUCUAUAAAUGUUAAGACUAAUAUAAUUGCAGAAAUAUUUUUCUUAACUACAGUGUGUAACAAAAUUCUUCAUAGCAACUCACCCACUUUGCAGUUUAUGUGAUCCACACUUUUAAAGAAAUUCCAUAAAUGUAUAUUUUGUAUUAUGUAUUAUUUCCUGGUCCAAAGAAAAUAUGUGAAUUCAGUUCUAACUUUAAGAAUGUACUGUUUAUUUUCAAGUUCAUUGAAAAAUUGCAUUCAGCCUGCUAAUGGUUGCAGAUUGUAUGUUAGAUGAAAAGUAGAAAUAAUUUCUAGUUUGCAAAAGUGGUGCCACUAAAUAAACAGGCAAUUGCAUAA